AACAGUGCAGUAUAGGUUUAUCAGAAAGGGGGAAAUGGCGUCAUUAUGACUGACUUUGGCCUGAGAGUCACGUAUGAUCUGGUAUAUCAUGUCACUGUCACUGUCCCUGGAAACUACAAUGGCAGAACCUGUGGUCUAUGUGGCAAUUUUAACGAUGACAAAGCAGAUGAGUUCCAACUGCUGGAUGGAAACCUGACCAAGGACUUCCAGACCUUUGGAGCAGCAUGGAAAGUGCCCGUGCCUGGAGCUGUUUGUGAAGAUGGCUGCAGUGGCGACCAGUGCCCCAAAUGUGACGAUUCUAAAAAAGCUGCAAUAGAGGAAAAAUGUGCAGUCAUCACCAAUCCCAAAGGUCCAUUUGCUGCUUGCCAUGAUGUAAUUGAUCCUGCUUCCUACUUCAGAGAUUGUGUCUAUGAUGUUUGCAUGGCCAAAAAUGAUCAAAGCAUAAUGUGUAACAGUAUUGCUGCAUAUAUGUUAGACUGCCAUGACUUUGGCGCAAAGAUUGAGAACUGGAGAAGUGCUUCUUUCUGCCCUUUUACAUGCAGUGCUAGCAGCCAUUAUGAAACCUGUCUACUGCCUUGUACCUCUCCAUGUCCUGGUCUCGUUGAAACCCUCACAUGCACUACGACUUGUGUUGAGGGCUGUGCCUGUGAUAAAGGCUACUACUACAAUGGAACUGGCUGUGUGCCCUCUGACCAGUGCGGCUGCUAUUACAAUUGUCAAACUUACAAGGUCGGAGAGUCCAUUAUAACUGAUGACUGUCAUAGGAUUCACACCUGCCAGGCCUCUGGAGUGGUUCUGUCUAAAAACAUGACAUGUGACCCCAAUGAGAGCUGCCUGGUCAAAAACGGUUGCCAGGAGAUUAUCCAGAGCGGCAACUUCUCUCAGAUAUCAGACUGGUUUAGGGUGGUGGUGAAGUUGGAGACGUGCACACCUGGUGUCAACACUAUCAUGGCUGUGUAUGUGUUCCUUAAUGAAGUGAUGAUCACAGUCAACAACAAACAUGAUGUCUGGACUCAAAAAGUUAUGGCAGAAAAAGGUUAUAGCAGAGAUAGCACGAGUGCUUGGGUGUGGCCACCCAAGGGCCCCAUGCAAAAUAGGGGCUAUUCUAAAGCUGCUGAUCUCGCAUCACUUUACACAGAAGGACCACUAGUGAAGUGA